AUGGAUCCGUACUUCUUUAUUUUCAAGGAUGAUCAUCAUACCAUCUACGUACUUAUAUAUGUUGAUGACAUUUUGGUGACAAGCAACUCUGCUGCUCGUGUUACUACACUUCUUACCCAGUUGUCGUCUGAGUUUACUAUUAAGGACCUUGGGCCACUCUCUUUUUUUCUUGGAAUUGAAGCAACCUACAACUCUACUUGUCUUCUUCUUUUUCAGUCCCGUUAUGUAUCAGAUCUUCUCCAACGGGCUGGUAUGAUGGAUUGCAAACCCAGCUCCACUCCCAUGGCCAUCACCUUCAUAUCCUCUAACACAGGGAGUGUUCCUUUUGCCGGUGCCACUAAGUACCGUUCCAUCGUGGGUGCCCUCCAAUAUGUCACCCUCACUCUCCCUGACGUUGCCUUUACUGCCAACCAUGUUUGUGAGUUCAUGCAUGCCCCUACUGAGGAUCAUAGUGGUCUCUUGUCAAAUGCAUCCUGCGUUAUUUGA